GUUCAUUUAGCUGUUCGCGGACUGCUUUCGGCCGCAUUUGAGACGCGACGUUGUUGUUUUUUUUUUUUUUGGCGCUUAUUUGAACUACACUUGCGAGCAAGUACAAAUUAAUUGUGAUUUAUUUGAUAAUCAUUGAGAUUCGUUGCAAUGCACCGUGGCAGCUUAAGUGGGUGGAGCAUGUCGCCCGCUAAUUGAAUUGUUGUCUACACUCCAAUCCAGACGAAAGACAAGAAAGUGCAAAUUGGUAAAUAUGCCCGCCAAGGCCCGGUCGCCAGCCGACUAUGAAACGCAUGAUGAGGCCAACACUGAGCUGCUGGAGAAGCUGAAGCAUUUGGAUCGACGUGUUGAUGCUGUGGAAAAUGGUGGCGGUCUUUGGAGUCGAAACAAGGCCUGCUGGCAGUCACUCAAAUGGAAGUCAGCUUUGAAUCACAUCGGACUGCUCGUCUCGCUCUCCGUCUAUUGUGGCGUGGGCGGAUUGAUCUUUCGACACUUGGAGCGUCCAGCAGAGGUGGAGCGUCUUACGCAGCUAAAAGAUGUGGUGAAGACACAACGACAACGCUUUAUGAGCAGCAUACUGAACAAUACCGAGGUGAACAAUCUCAAUGACCUGCUCUCUUUUGAGUUGGCCAAAUAUGAAGCGGCCGUACAACUGGCGGCCGAGGGCGGGCUACUCAUCGUAGCAGAUAAAGACUUUCCAGAGCCCUACGAGCGCUGGAGCAUACUGCAAGCUGUGUUCUUCUCAUCAACUGUGUUAACCACUAUAGGAUAUGGCAAUAUAGUGCCAGUAACAAUCAGUGGUCGCGUCUUUUGCAUUUGUUUUGCACUCGUUGGCAUACCCUUCACACUGACGGUCAUCGCCGACUGGGGCCGACUCUUUGCCAGCGCAGUGUCCGUCUUUGGCACACACAUGCCCAGCAAGCCGAAGUUUACAAACUUCAUUGGCAAAACCUGGUUCUAUGCGAUUCUGGCCGUUGGAUUUUUGGGCGUUUAUCUGGCAGCUGGUGCCGGGCUGCUGCUGCUCUGGGAGGAUGACUGGACAUUCUUUGAUGGCUUCUACUUCUGUUUUAUAACCAUGACAACGAUUGGCUUUGGUGAUCUGGUGCCCAAGAAACCCAACUAUAUGCUGCUCUGUACUCUGUAUAUACUCAUUGGCCUGGCGCUAACGUCGACCAUUAUUGAGCUGGUACGUCGCCAGUACGCGACCAGCUGGGCCAAACUGCAGGAGCUCUCCGGUCCAAUGGCGGAGACAUUACGGCGCCUGGGCGAGACGGCGGGUACCGGCCUAGACUAUACGACAUUGCAGAAAGUGUUAACCGUGUCAAUGCCCAAGUGGAGCAGUAACAAGAAGAACGAGCACAAUUCAGAUAUUGCCGCACUAGAAGCCAUUACGAAUGCCAUACUCAAGGAGGUGAAGGAGGCACAAAAUAGCAAGCCCAAGGUUCUACAAAUUGUCAUUUACGAAUCAUCCGUCUAAAAAAAGUGCUUCCCACGCAUCCAAAAAACUCACAUAAUACAUUUAGACCUAGACGCAAGAAACAAAUAUCAUAUAGUUAAAA